GUAAAUGAGAGGCCGUCACAAUGCCCUCGGGGAAGUAUGGGAUGCAGGAGGAAUGGGAGAAGGAGGGGGACCAGGAGGUCGUGAUGGAGUUCCUGCUGCCUACCGGGAUCUUCCUAAAAUUCCCUGUAUCUCCAAACGACACCAUCAAAAGCAUAAAAAAAAUGGUUUGGAAGAAUGCGAGUAGCGAGGCCCUGUUCGGCGCGCUGGGUGAGCCCGACGCGUACGUCUUCACCUGCAUCAACCAGACAGCAGAGAGGGAGGAACUGGAGGAAGAAUCGAGGCGCAUAAACGACGUGCGGCCCUUCAUGUGCGUUUUGAGGCUGGUGGCGAGGGAGGGCGACCGAGUGGAGAAACUCACCAACACCCAGAUCAGCCUGUUAAUUGGAAAAGGUCUGCAUGAGUUCGAGGCCCAGAAGAACCACGAGGUGAAUGAGUUUCGGACAAAGAUGCGUAUGUUUUGCGAAGAGAAGGCUCAGGAGAGGCAGAUGUUGCCAUGGCAGCAGUGGAUGAAGUACAGCUUCCCGUGUGACCUGGAGCCAUGCUGCUCUCCGCCGGGGUGCGGGAGUGCAAAGUCCAAAAACUCCAAGAAGAUCUUUAUCAAUGUCAAGUUUGAGGCUUCUGAUGAGAGCUUCAUGCUGCAGCAGGACCCUCAAGACCUCCCAGUGGCUCUGAUGAAGAGCGCUCUGAAGAAGAAGGCCACAGUCUUUCGCUCAUUGCGACAGGAGCCCGAAGACUACACGUUGCAGGUCAACGGGAGGUGGGACUUCAUCUAUGGGAAUCAUCCCAUGUGCCAGUUUAAAUACAUAUUCUCGUGUUUGAGAAAUGGACAGAACCCGUUCCUCACCAUGGUGCACCACUCCACCAUCCACAGAUAUCAGGAGGAGCAGGGCAGCAUGUGCAGCCAGGUCUACAAGAGUCGCUCCUUGUCCAGACCUCCUCCGCUGCCCCUGAAGAAGCAGAAUACCUCCUCUCUGUGGUCCAUCAGUGAGCCUUUCUACAUUCACCUGCUGCAGGGCAGCCGAGUCAAUGCAGGCGAAGGAAUGAAGCUCGUGGUACAGGCCGGUCUGUUCCAUGGUAGCGAACACCUCUGUAAGGUGGUGACAACCUCGGAGGUGACGGUGUGCUCUGAGCCGCUGUGGGAUCAGAAGCUGGAGUUCGACAUAAACGUGGCUGACCUGCCACGCAUGAGCCGCCUGUGCUUCGCGCUCUAUGCAGUCAUUGAGAAAGCCAAGAAACCCCGCUGCACGAAAAAGAAGAAUAAGAAAGCGGACUGUCCGAUAGCCUGGGUGAACACCAUGGUGUUCGACUACAAGGACCAGCUGAAGACUGGGGAGUUCCUGUUGUCCACAUGGCCAUCUGUUCCUGACAAAAGCGACCUGUUGAACCCAAUGGGAACCGUGGAGAAGAACCCCAAUGUGGACAGUGCCGCCGGGCUGCUCAUUCGCUUCCCUAAUAUCCGGCCACAUCCUCUCUACUACCCACCACUGGACAAGAUAAGUGGAGACAUGGAGAAGAACGGUGAUGCAACUAUUGCCACAAAAGAGGAGUACAUGAAACUAAAAGAGAUCAUGGACAACAAAAACUCCACUGAGUUUUUCGAGGACGAGAAAGAGCUCCUGUGGAAGCUCCGCACCGAAGUCCGUGACCAUUUUCAUGAAAGUCUGUCCAAGCUGCUCCUCAUCACCAAGUGGAAUCGGCACGAGGACGUAGUUCAGUUGGUUAGUUUACUGAAGAACUGGCAGGACCUCCCCGGCAUCCAAGCCUUGGAGCUGUUGGACUACAGUUUUCCCGACCCGGCGGUCCGUUCGUUCACAAUCAGAUGCCUCAGGAAGCUCAGUGACAAUGAACUGCUACAGUACUUAAUCCAGCUGGUCCAGGUCCUGAAGUACGAGUCCUAUCUAGACUGUGACCUCACCACUUUCCUGCUUGAAAGGGCAUUGUCCAACUGGAGGAUCGGACACUUUCUGUUUUGGCAUCUCAGGUCAGAGAUUCACGUGGCAUCUGUGAGUUUGCGUUUUGGCCUGAUUCUGGAGGCCUACUGCAGGGGAAACAUCCACCACAUCAGGCUUUUAACCAAACAGACUGAGGCUCUGGGAAAAAUGAAGGCCCUGAGUGACUUUGUCAAGUCAGGCUCCCAUAAGAUGACAGCAGAUGACCUGAAGCUGUGUAUCAGACAGGAGUCCUACCUGGAGGCCCUGUCUGACCUGCUGUCACCACUGAACCCCAGCAUCAUCCUGGCUGAGAUCUGUGCAGACAAGUGCAGGUUUAUGGACUCCAAAAUGAAGCCGCUGUGGCUGAUGUAUAACCCCGGAGCUCAAGAAGACAUGGUGGGCAUCAUCUUCAAGAAGGGAGAUGAUCUUCGACAAGACAUGUUGACCCUCCAGAUGAUCCAGCUCAUGGAGAAUUUAUGGAAGAGAGAGGGCCUCGAUCUCAGGAUGAUCCCUUAUGGCUGCUUGUCCACUGGGAACAAGAUGGGGCUCAUUGAGGUCGUGAAGAACUCCGACACCAUCGCCAACAUCCAGCGUAACAGCAGUAACAGCGCAGCCACCGCGGCCUUCAAAAAGGAUGCCCUGCUCAACUGGCUCAAAUCUAAGAAUCCUGAGGACAAACUGGAUCCAGCAAUAGAAGAGUUCACACUGUCCUGUGCCGGCUACUGCGUAGCUACUUACGUGCUGGGCAUCGGAGAUCGCCACAACGACAAUAUCAUGAUCAGGGAAACUGGACAGCUGUUCCACAUCGACUUUGGGCAUUUCUUGGGCAACUUCAAGCGGAAACUGGGGAUCAACAGGGAGCGUGUGCCUUUUAUCUUGACUUAUGACUUUGUCCAUGUGAUCCAACAAGGAAGGACCAACAACAGUGAGAAGUUUGAGAGGUUCAGGGGGUACUGCGAGCGGGCCUAUAAGAUCCUGUGUCGCAACGCGAUGCUCUUCGUCAACCUCUUCGCUAUGAUGAAGGCUGCAGGACUGCCAGAGCUCACCUCCUUCAAAGAUAUCCAGUAUCUUAAGGUAUGCAACCAUAAGGAUACUGCUGCUAAUCAUGGUGGUGAUGAUAUUGACAAUAUAUAUAUAUAUAUAUAUAUAUUUUCUCAAAAGGACUCUUUAGCUUUGGGCAAAUCGGAGGAAGAGGCACUGAAAAAUUUCAAGGUGAAGUUCAAUGAAGCUCUGCGGGAAAGCUGGAAGACGAAGGUCAACUGGAUGAUGCACUCUCUGGCCAAAGACAAUAGACCGUGAAGAACACAGCACCAACCUGAAGACAGACCCAGAAAUAUGGAUUUUAAUGUAUGGAGAUAAAAGGAAAGAAAACACAAUCAUUGAUUGAUUGCAUUCAAAAACUUUCAGCAUAUGUUUACUCCGGACCGGCGUGUCUGUGGUAAAUAACGACUAAGUGGAGGCAUCCAAAGAUGGUACAACCCUGGGGGUCAAUCUCAACACACAUAUAAUUUCACAAUGAAGAAAAUUCCUCCCACUCAUAUUUUCCCCAUCAGACAUUGCAUUGCCUUUGACUCAAGGACGUCUCAACAAAAUGAUAAACAAGCUUUAUAGAUGUGUUAGAGUUGCCACUUAAAAACCUCUUAAGUCUUUUCCACGCUUGCGACCAAUAACGGUUGUGUCAUUUCUUCUCAUUCCUACUGCCUCUUUGCCAUUGUGUCUUGUUUUUUCAUUGUAUUGUAUUUUAUUUAAUUCGGUAUAGCUCUGAAGUACUUGUACAAAGUCAUGAAGGAUAUUUUAAGAAGAUGUUGUGUUUUACUGCUGUUUUGAUAUUGCCUUGAAGGGCAGUAGGUUGCCAGUAGACACAAAGCAUUGUAACAUUUACAAUUAAUUGUAAGAUGAGAAGAUAACUUUAAAUAAUAGGACCUAUAUUUUGAUAACGUGUGCGACUCAGCAGACCAAACAGCUACUCCACAUUAAAGGAAAAGUUUGACAUUUUGACAAAUAGGCUUUCUAGCAUAGAGUUAGAUAAGAUGUCUACACCACUCUCGUUCAUUAAUUGUGAAGCUGGAGCAAGUAUUCUUUAGCUUAUCGUAGCCUUUAGCUUGACGACUAGAAACAGAGGAUCUUUAUGCUGAACUAAGCUUACUGUCUCCUAGUUCCAGAUUCAUAUUUAACAGGACAGAUAUUAGAGUGCCAAUGCUUUUCUCAUCUAACUCUCAGCAGGAAAGUCAAUAGGCAAAUGUCCCAAAAUGUUAAAAGAUAUCAUUGUGAUCUCUCAGAUGAUGCAGUGUGUAGGUGCCUGUGUUAUUUUCUGAAACUUAGGUUAUGCACUGGGAUUUGUGAACUGAUGUGCCAGGUGCCGGGAAAGAGAUGUCAUGCUUGUACUGUCAAACACCGCGACACUGGUGUGCUGUCUGAUCUCAUUUGAUGGUGCUUUCAGGAUACUUUACAUGCUGUAAAUCUCGCUGUCAGUCAUGCAAAGAGGAUGAUGUGCUUCUCAUCGCCUUUUUUAUUUAACAUAACAGUUCAAAUGAUCUACAACGACGACUUUUAGAGAAGAGCAAGUGUAGCUGUAGAUUACACAGCAAGGUGUUUUAAUUCCGUUCAGCACCUGAAUCACUGUGGAAUUGGUUUUAAAUAUUGGUCAUCAACGUUCCUCAGGAUGGGCUCAACUAAACACUGCUGCUUUAAGCAAGACGUCUAUUGAGUGUAUGAGCUGCGUUUGCCAAUUGCAAAAUAUUCUGCUGUUGCCUUUUGAGUUGGUUGUAAUUCAUGAAUUCCAUCAAAUGGUACAUUUAUUCUAACAAUCAGGUAUUGUUUACAUGUGUGCAGCUAAAGAUGAUAAAUCAUCCUUUCAAUAUAUGUCCGAUGGCGACCUGUCCUUUAUCUGCAUCCUGUUUGUACAUUUGCUUCACCUGCUGUUGGAAGGGACACAUACACCCAAUAAACAGUGUGUGACCGCCGAGCUCGCUGGCUUUCUAGGAUCCAAGCCAUAUGUAAACUUAAUUUAAUGCAGCUUUUUUUUUAAAGGCUAAUCGUGGAUGAAGGCAAGAGCCACCAAAUUCACCCAAUCAUUUCCAUUUGCUUCCCGAGUAACCCCAGUGUUUUAGAGCAAUAGACUUUUGUACAAGUCUGUGGGAGUUUACACUUCACUAAAACAUGUUUAUUAUUUAAAGUGAACACAGGGUGGUUUUGGCAGAUAUUGGAUGUAAAAUAUUGUCAUCGUUUUUGAUUGGGUUUUCUUUCUCUUUAUUGAACACAGAACCACAUCGUCAUUACAUAUUUCUUUGAGGGUAGAUUGCUUAAAAAAUAAAGAAAAUUCUUGCACACAAAACACGUUUGAAAUUGGAGAUGAAUAUUUAACAAGCAAGGGAGUAGGUUCCUAUAAGUAUCAUUUCCCCCAGACAGCAGAUACCAAUCAAAUGAGUCGGUUUAAUAAAGAAAGUAUGGGCAA